GACACCGCACCCGAACGUCCUUGAAAAUUCGAUUUAAAAAUUCAAAAGUGAUGUAUUGAAUUUCCGAUUUCAAAGCAAUGGAAGAAACGAUUAAUAUUUUACGAAGUACAUGAUUGAAUAUUGUAUUGUUCAAACCCGCAUUCUUUUGUAAUUUUCAUCAUGUAAAUUAUUGGGAUGAGCCUACACAUAUUGGAGAUCAAUAAUGUGAUUUAGGAAGUUGACUUGUUCUAAAUAAAUUAGGAUGAGUACAAAAAGGCAUCUUUGACAAAGAUAAAACAAUAGGACCCAUCUUCCCAUUUUUGGAGGUAUUGGUAGAUAUUUUGGACCCCAAAUUUAAUGGGAUCAAUUGGGAACCACUCCACAUGAUUAUAGUACCUGCAAAACAAGAAAAAUAAGUGAGGAGACUUACCUUGGCCGCACAAGCUGGAGGAGGGCUGCACAAGACUUGAUUGGAAUCAACCUUGAGACCCACCUUGUCUAUUUCCGCACAAAACAUGGGUGUGUUUUGUCUCCCUUCAUUUUGAGAGUUGUACUCGUCCAAAUGAGGUGUAUAAUGUGUCCUUGGAUAGCCUUUGAAGUGUAGUUUCAUAAUUGAGUGGCCUUUGUUCGAGUAGAGAGAGCAAUCAUCCAAAAAUCGAUCUGGAACGAGCAGUGGUCUGUGAACUCGAGCUGUGGGAGUGCUGAGACUGUUUGGUCGAUAUCUCGAGUUUUACAAAUCAAAUUAAGGCGUGUGAGAUACCCACAGAAAGCUCUCAAGACGAGGAAUCCGUGAAGGUCUGGUUUGCAGGAAUCGGAGUUGUGGAAGGCUUCCAAAUCGUCCGAGCAAAACACAACCUCGCAGGAGAGGAUUUAAUCUUCUAAAGAAUCGAGUUAGCCGGAAAACACCCGUUCUAGGGGCUGUUUUCGUAUCAACGAUUAAGGGUUGAACUAGCACUUUGAGGAGGCUGUUUAACACUCAUAUUUGAGCAAGGAAUCAGUUCCAAAUCAACCUUGACCGAAGCUUUGACCAUUGGACCAAGAAGGGAAAGUUUAAAGCUCAAUUGAGGUUGAGGCUAGAGCUUGCUUCCUGUGCUCGUUGCUCGAGAGAUCAUCUAGGAGCGAAGACUUGGUUCGUGCUUCCUCCAUUCGGAUUUUAAACAUUAAUAAUCAUGCUCAUGGAUAUCUUACUAUGGAGCCUGCGUGCUCAUGAAUAGCCCGGUGUGGCCUUUUUGUUUUAAACAAUGUUUUCCGCUGCGUUAUGAAUUACUUAUUAUGUUUGUUUAUGGAUGUAUAUGUGUGAAUGAUAUUCAAGACGCCUUGUAUAAUCUGAAUGUGUUGGACUGCGGUUGACUAUUCAUAUUGUACGGCGGGUUGUUGACGUGUCCGGAUAGGUCCGGGGCGUGACACCGAAUACCAUGGAAGAUCUACCUGCAUGCACUGAAUGCAUGGCGGAUCUUAUGGUUCCGGAUAGCGUUUUGGAGUCCCAGAUCAAAGACAGUGAAGGUCCGGAUAAGCCUGUGGUUCCGAACAGUGAAGAUGUGUCAGAUGAGGAGGACGGUGGAGCUAUGAUGACCUUAGUGGUUCCGGACAGUGAAGAGGAGGCAGAGGAGGAGGACGGUGGAGCUAUGAUGACCUUAGUGGUUCCGGACAGUGAAGAGGAGGCAGAGGAGGAGGUCGGUGGAGGUGCGGUGGAGGUUCAGCUUCCGGACAGUGAUGCUUGGGCUAAAAUAAGGAAGGAUGUUCGAAUGCAGUACAUUCGUUAUCCUGGUCUAGAGGACUUCUUAAAACUCAUUCUACCCGGCUGGGAAUCGAGGAUGUGGGACGUUAACGCCUAACAGGGGAGUUUGUUUUUUUAUCUGUUUUGCAUUGCAAAUCUGUAUGUUGGUAUGUUUCGGAAAUUGUUGUCUGGUUUGUGUUACAUGUAUGUUGUGUGUGUAGAUGUGUUUGAUUCUGGGGCAGCAAUGAUGAUUAUAUGGUGUUCUUAUAUACUCAAAUCUCUUUGUUAUGAUGCAUAUAUGGUUUGAGCAUUGUUGAUUGGUAUC